CCGCACCUUUUCUGUGCCAAAAACUAUAAUACAAAAUACAAUCCCAAUUACCGGUGGCUACUCGGUUGAUUGAUGAUGGGUUCAGCAAAAAAGUAGUGACAAAAUAUAAUGAAACGUCGGAUUUCAAUGCAAUGCGCUAAAUAAAAAUCACUUUUAUAUUCUACAUAAAAGUCGCAAGACUAAACAUUCAAAAUUGCCCAAUCUGACAACAAUGACUGUUCGGCCAUCUUGCUUGCCCAUCUUCCACCGCGCCACCGCGGGCCGCGCGCCGGCACCGCGGCCACCCUCUGCUCGAGUGCUCGACUCCAAGACCGUACAGCCACAUGCAAUGCGCAUUGGAUCUUGGAAUUAGCUGAAUAUAAACGUGUUUCCUGAUUUCUCUAAUUGUCUCUCUAAUAAUAUAAAGUAAACUUUGUGGUCUUGUGAUUAUGGUGAAAUAAAAUGAAUAAUGGCAUAAUGGUUUCAAUGAGGUUAUACCUAAUUUUCACAAUGAUACCUUUUCAUCUCCUGUCGAAAUCUGGGAAACGUAAUCGCUUAAAGACCUUUAGAGAUUGCACAGAAAAGAUGAAUAAUUAUGAAAGUGACACUGAUGUGGACGUUGAUAUCAAAAGAUGUAAACUCUCCUGCGACUCAGCAGGCUUACCAACAAACAAUUUGUCACAACUAUCUUCUUCAAGUAGUGGCUCUGAGAUUCUAGAAACUAGCUAUUAUGAAGAAAACCAAAUUAAUCCUGGUAAAAACAGUCCAAAAAAUAUUAUAAUUUCUUCUGUUAAUAAUUUUUGCCAUGAGUCUGAAACAACUGAAGAAACUGUCUCGAAUCCUGAAGAUUUUAUUGAUCCAAUUCAGGAAGAAUGGUUUCCUACUUUUUAUGGCUCAAGUGAUGAAUCAUUAUCCGACGAGGAAGAGUUAGUUGUUCAGCCUAUUAAAUCUACUAGUGUAACGGAGCAAACAAAACAAUUUCUACGUGAAUGGUCUUUAGAAAAUAAUAUCACCCAUAAAGCAUUAGGUUCAUUGUGCAAAGGUUUAAAAUCCAUUUUUGCUCUUGACUUAGAUAAGCUACCUCUAGACCCAAGGACAAUUUUAGAAACACCAACAAGCAUUAAUGCACUGUCAAUUGGAAAUGGACAUUAUAUUCACAUUGGUUUAAAAAUUCACUUAAACUUUAUCGCGUCUCUUGUUAAAAAGCCAUUAUCUUCUUUAUCGUUAAUUUUUAAUGUUGACGGUCUCCCCUUAUUUAAUAACAGUACUACAGGUGAACUGUGGCCUAUUUUAAUGGCUGCACCAUGUAUUGAAAUAUUAAGCCACAAAGUUUUUCCGAUUGGAUUUUAUUUUGGUGUCGGUAAGCCUGCAGAUCUUGAACUAUACUUUUCUGAGUUUCUCACCGAGCUUCAAGAUGUUUUGACAAAUGGAUUUGUUUUUAAUGAUAGAAAAAUUAAUUCCCCUGGCUGUCAAAAAAGUAAUAUGUGGAGCGUAAUUAAAAAACGCGAUGAUCUAGAGUAUGAUGUUGUGCCCAACAGUUGGUUAUGCUUGGAAAAAAAAUGUUACUUUCCAUCCCACAUUAACAACUUGGCACAGUUGAAAAGAAUGGUCCGAAAAUGUGCACCAGUUGAAUCUUCCUGGGAAGUUAUGGAAAUAGAGAUAAAAAAACGCGACUAUGGAAAAAGAAAUCCCAAGAAACCAAUUUACUCUGAUGAGGAUGUUACUGACGAUGAUGAUAUAAGUGAAAUUGUUGACAAGCCCUCUACAGAAUCUGAAGACGGUGACAUGGCCAAUACAACUCCAAAGGUUCCUAUUCCACCAGCACCUACUUUACCAUCAAAAAAAGACAAUUCAGUACAAAAAACGGACAAACCACCACUAUCAAAAACACAUAUUAUUGACAAUUUUGUGCCGCCAAGGAUCGAAAAAUGUGCACUUGCCAAAGGAAAGAAUCAUCAUUGUGCUUGUGAGCAGCCUAUCACAAUGCAGUCUUUGGCUCACAGUUUAUGUGCUAUUUCACGUCAAGUAGAACGAUUGACAUCUCAAAAUAAAAAUGCAAAUCUAGAGACAUUGAGCCAAAUAUCAGAGUUAAAAUCACUGAAUGGAGAAAAAAAUGAUAAUAAACUGCCUGUUCUACAGGAUUCUGACGAGGAAGCAGAGACAAACAAACUUCUGGAAAAUAUGCCUUUAAAAGAAAUCCAAUCUCUCAAAGAUUUUGAUUUAAAAAUGAAAUCAGAUAAAAAUUAUUAUCAUGCCAUGAUAUCUGCUCUCCAAGUCCGGGCAAAUACCAAAUCGUCAGUUAAAACCGCUAGGAGCAUUAUUGGUCUGUUAAUCCACCCCCAACUUUGCUCCAAACUAUCCUGGAAGGGCGUACAAAGGAAGGAUCACACUGAUAAGAAAACAUCGUUCAAAGACUUACAAACUUGCCAUUUGAUUUUUCGUGUCACAAGAAAUCUUUUCCCAAAUUUGAAGUCCGAUGACGUGGCAAAAAUUGAAACUAGCCUUUCAAACUGGCUGGCCCAAACUGGCUGUGCUGCCAAAUCCAAGGACUUGGAGAUAUAGGCUUCUUAAUUAUCCAAUUUUUUUGCAUGGGUAUAUUUUUAAAAACUACUGUACCACACCGCUUAAUGAGUAUCCAGAGUCCUAGCGUUUUUGUUUGCAAUAUUUUUCACAAUUCCUAUUCCAGAACUAGUUUUUUUUCAAAAUGCACUAAAUGCAGGUAGGGUAUCAGGCCUCUCAAAGGAAAACACCAAAUAUUCAUAUUCGGCAAUUAUUGUGGCUGAUGCAGUUGAAAAAAAAUUGUUCUGGAUAUGGACAUAAUUAUUCAACCCAUUAAUUAUCAAGGAUUUUUUGGCGUUUUCCUUCAUUAUUUUGUGUAGCUUUACUUUAAUAAUCUCUGUGAAAUAAAAAAAAGUUUAAAUCCC